CAAUAGUGUUCAUUUACGGGAUUUUUUCUCUUUUGUUGUUUCAUUCUUAUCGAAACAUGGCAACAAUGUUUUGCAGCUGUCAAUAUCAUGUCAAUUUCAUUUUCUCAAUUGACUGCCGGCGUCUUAAAUUUAUAAAUAUUUUAAACUACAUAUGUAAAUAGUAUAAAGAUGGAAAAUAAUAAAAAAAACUAAAGCUACUUGGUUACCAGCAGCGGAUGACGCCUUCGUUGAUUUGUGGGAGGAAAAAGCAAGCAACCUACGCGGUCCGCGAAAGAAUUCGCACAUUUAUGCGGAAAUGGCGCAGUCGCUGGCAGCUUUCGCGGCCGGAAUCCGCCCAAUUGAUGUGAAAUAUAAAAUACAUUAUUUUACUAUGAAAUAUACAAAAUGCAAAGCAGGCCAAGGAACAGGGUGCUCUCCUGCUACUUGGAAGCAUUAUGAAAGAGUGCAUCGCAUUAUAGGAAACGACCGAAUAAAUAAUGUUGAUGCUGUCGUGGUGGAUAGUAUAACAGCAAUGCCGCCUACGUCGCCAAUUUCGCCUUCAUGCUCUUCACUUCCAGUUGAUUCGUCCCCUACAUUUUCGGCAUCAUCGUUUCCAGCCCUCAGCGAAGUCUCCACACCUGCAACAAAAAUAAAAAAUCAGAAAAUAAGCGAGUUAAACGAAACCAUUAAAACAGCCAUGGCAGAAAACAAUAAAUUAACUGCAGACCUGAUUGAAAUUGAGAAGAAGAAGGUAGCUGCAAUCGAGAUAUUGUCCCAAAGCGUCGUUAGCUUCUUGGAGCGAAACCAAUUAAAAAUCGCCGGUGCACUCAUAGUGUCUUCAUAUGUAUCAAGGUGUAUUUCACAAGGUGGUGUUGGGGUGGCAGCUGAAUUUUUCGCCUUGGAAAGCAUUACGCCAAAAUGAUGGGUUUGUUGUAAUUCAUACCAAUGACAGUAUGAAUUUCUGCGUAUAAUUUGUUAGUGUAAUUUUUUAAUUAUAUACGGCUAACACCACCUUGUUAAAUACACCUUGAUAUGUAUAUUAUUUUAGUUAACUAAAAACCCGAUCUCUUUGGCUUUCAUGAAUGAAAGCAAAUUUUAUAUACAGUUGCGGAUAGUAGCAAAAUUCAAAAUAAUAUUGUAUUGUAUCCCGUUCAAUUUUAGUACAAAAAAGUGCUAGUUUCAGCAUUUCGUUCAUGCGUUAUAUGGAAGAAUUAUAUGUACACUGGCAAUCAAAAGUGAGUACAUAGUGUUUUGUGUUUAAUAUUAA